AUGUCGGCCAUCAAGUAUUAUCUAGCUUUCUAUAAUGCUGUUCUAGUUUUUGGGUUCGUUUAUGUUGAAUUUACUUGUUUUAAUUUAGUUAUUUUGAAGAUGGUCUAUCAUUUUGGUGAAAUCCCUGAGCGGAAUUUCUCAAGGUCUUUCAUGGGCUGAACUGUAUACAUCGGUCGAAACUGAAGUUAAAAUCUUCCAGACGGCUGCUGUUCUCGAGGUAAUUCACAGUUUCUCUCGUUCGUUUUUGGAAAGUAGUUCCUCAAAAACGAAUUAUUGCAAAAAUAAAAAACUACUUGAAUGGACUCUCUCGUUUAAGGUGGUCCAUUCUCUGCUGGGAUUUGUCCGCUCUCCGAUCGGAACAACGGUAAUGCAAGUGACGAGCCGCGUCGUCCUUGUCUGGCCCAUCCUACACUCUUGCGCCACUGUUCGUUUUUUUUGUCUGGUUUUUUUUUCUUUUCACCAAUAAUUGCCGAUUUCUGGGUGCCAAAAAUGAUUUUCAAGGCGCGUCACAGUAUCGGCGUGCCAAUGCUUCUGGUGGCCUGGUCAGUGACCGAAGUCAUCAGAUAUUCCUUCUACGCUCUCGGACUUUUCAACGCUGUUCCCUACGUCCUCACUUGGAUGAGGUGGGAAUGUUUCUGCAAGCAAAUUGAAAACUUUCCUGCUUUUCAGAUACACUUUCUUCUACGUUUUGUAUCCAGUUGGAGUUUCUGGAGAACUUUUGACACUUUUCGCUUCGUUGAACGAGGUUAUAUCUUGGUAUUUAUGUGUCUACUCGAUAACUCGAAAAGUACAAUUUUUUUUAAAAUCUGUAUUCCAACCCUUGGCUUAUAUUUUCAGAAAGUUUUUCUUAAAAUUAUAUAAGUAUAGCUGUUUUUUAUUCAAGUUUUUUGUAUCUUGUUUUGAAUUCCAUCCAUAACUGGUUCUCAUUUUCUCUUUUUUUUUCCAACGGUCACAAUUAAGGUUCACGAGAAGCAGCUCUAUUCGAUUUCGAUGCCAAAUAAGGUUAAUAUGUCAUUGUCGUUCUGGUGGGUACUCGUAAUUACUGCGCUCACAUAUAUUCCCGGUCAGUUUUUUUUCUAAAUUCCCUGAAUAUUUGGUUGUAAUUAAUUUCAACUCUGCUGCUUUGCAUUUAAUCGGCUCGAGGGUAUCACAUUUUUUCCAGGAUUUCCCCAGCUCUACUUUUACAUGAUUGCCCAGCGCAAGAAGGUUCUAGGUGUCAAUUCAGAAAAAAAGAGAAACUGA